AUGUGUUCACAUUUCCGUUCAAAAUGCAGAGCACUAACCACCACCAUGUUCUUCCUUUUACCACUCAUCUCUUCUCUUUUCUUCACCUCUUCCACCGCCUGUUCUAACGGCAAUUGCCAGGUUCGGGAAGCUUGUUCUACUGCUACGGAUUGUGGGUCGGGUCUGUUUUGCGGUAAUUGUCCUGCUUUGGGAUUGAACCAACCCAUAUGUACCAGAGGACAGCCUAUACUUCCCACAUCCACUGUGAAUGGAUUGCCCUUCAACAAGUAUUCAUGGAUAGUGACUCACAAUGCCUUCAGCAUUGUUGAUUCGCCUCCUUUGCCGGGUGUUCAGAGACUAACAUUUUACAAUCAAGAAGAUAGUGUAACUAAUCAGUUGAGGAAUGGAGUGCGAGGACUAAUGUUGGAUAUGUACGACUUUCAAAAUGAUAUUUGGCUCUGUCAUUCGUUUCGAGGGCAAUGCUUCAACUUCACUGCCUUUCAACCUGCAAUCAAUACUUUGAAAGAAGUGGAAGCAUUCUUGACGCAAAAUCCAUCUGAGAUUGUUACCAUCAUAAUCGAAGACUAUGUGCAUACUCCAAAAGGGUUGACUAAUCUGUUCACAAGUGCUGGAUUGGAUAAGUAUUGGUUUCCUGUGUCCAAGAUGCCAAAAAAAGGAGAUGACUGGCCUACUGUAACCGAGAUGGUUCAAGCGAAUCAUCGGCUUAUUGUUUUCACUUCCGAUGCUUCGAAGGAAGCUCAAGAAGGAAUAGCUUAUCAAUGGAAGCACAUUGUUGAAAAUGAGUCCGGAGACCCUGGAGUUCAAAAGGGUUCUUGCCCACAUAGGAAAGAAUCAAAGGCGUUAAACUCUAAAGGUGCAUCACUUUUCUUGAUGAAUUACUUUCCAACAUAUCCGGUUGAAGCUGACUCGUGCAAAGAGCAUUCUGCUCCACUUGCUGAGAUGGUGAACACAUGUUAUAAAGCUGCAGGGAAUGUGGUUCCUAACUUCAUAGCUGUUAACUUCUACAUGAGGAGUGAUGGCGGUGGUGUUUUUGAUAUUGUGGAUAAAAUGAAUGGCCACUCAUUGUGUGGAUGUAGCACAGUUGCUGCUUGCCAGGCAGGUGCAACGUACGGGUCUUGCAAGAAUAUUUCUGUACCAAGUACAAGUUCAGGGAGCAGCACUGGCGGCAGUGGAAGCUUUACUGGAUCUGUUCAGUUCUCUAAAUCUGCUUCACCCGUCCGUUAUCCAAAUUCAUUGCUUGUUUUCUGGUUUUACUUUCUGCUUAUUGUAGUCUUGUUUAAACUUUGA